GAAGGAGGGAGCCCGAGUAAGGCUACGCCCUAGCCGACCCGCGGCCGGCUCCGCGUGACAGGAACUUCAGCACUCACGGCGCGGACAGCGCUCUCCUCCACCUGAGGACCUGCCUCCCGAGCGCCCUGAGCCUUUCUAAUCCCUUUACUCCCAAAGGGCGCGGAGCUCCACCGACCGCCCGGUCCCCGCCACUCUCCCUCCCUGCAUCCGCCCUCCUAGCUCUUCCUGUUUUCACUCCUUUUCAUUCAUAACAAAAGCUCCAGCUCCAGGAGCCCGGCGCCAGGCUGUUUCUGAGCCAAGCGUGGAAGAAUGGGGUUCCUUUGGACCGGCACUUGGAUUCUGGUGUUGGUGCUCCACAGCAGCCCACUUCAAGCUUUCCCCAAACCGGGAGGCAGCCAAGACAACCCCCUACAUAAUAGAGAAUUGAGUGCAGAAAGGCCUUUGAAUGAACAGAUUGCUGAAGCAGAAGCAGACAAGAUUAAAAAGACAUACCCUCCAGAAAACAAGCCAAGUGAAAGCAAUUAUUCCUUUGUUGACAACCUUAACCUGCUAAAGGCAAUAACAGAAAAGGAAAAAAUUGAGAAGGAAAGACAAUCCAUAGGAAGCUCCCCAUAUGAUAAUAAAUUGAAUGUGGAAGACGUCGAUUCAACCAAGAAUCGAAGACUGAUUGAUGAUUAUGAUUCUACUAAGAGUGGACUGGAUCAUAAAUUUCAAGAUGAUCCAGAUGGCCUUCACCAACUAGAUGGAACUCCUUUAACUGCAGAAGACAUUGUCCAGAAAAUUGCUACCAGGAUUUAUGAGGAAAAUGACAGAGGGGUUUUUGACAAGAUCGUUUCUAAACUGCUGAAUCUUGGCCUGAUAACGGAAAGCCAAGCACACACACUGGAAGAUGAAGUAGCUGAGGUUUUACAAAAAUUGAUCUCAAAGGAAGCCAACAAUUAUGAGGAGGAACCCAGUAAACCCACAAGCAGGACCGAGAGUCAAGCUGGAAAAAUCCCAGAGAAAGUGACUCCAAUGGCAGCAAUUCAAGAUGGUUUUACUAAUGGAGAAAAUGAUGAAACAGUAUCUAAUACCUUAACCCUGACGAAUGGCUUGGAAAGGAGAACUAAAAUCUACAAUGAAGACAAUUUCGAGGAACUUCAAUAUUUCCCAAACUUCUAUGCACUCCUGAAAAGUAUUGAUUCAGAAAAAGAGGCAAAAGAGAAAGAAACGCUGAUUACCAUCAUGAAAACGUUGAUUGACUUUGUGAAGAUGAUGGUGAAGUACGGCACCAUAUCCCCAGAAGAAGGCGUCUCCUACCUUGAAAACUUGGAUGAAACAAUUGCUCUUCAGACCAAGAACAAGCUAGAAAAAAAUGUCACUGACAAUAAAAGCAAGCUUUUCCCAGUGCCAUCAGAAAAGAGUCAUGAAGAAACAGAUAGUACCAAGGAAGAAGCAGCUAAGAUGGAAAAGGAAUAUGGAACCUUGAAGGAUACAACAAAAAAUGAUAACUCCAACCCAAGAGGAAAGACAGAUGAGCCAAAAGGGAAAACAGAAGCCUAUUUGGAAGCCAUCAGAAAAAAUAUCGAAUGGUUGAAGAAACACGACAAAAAAGGAAAUAAAGAAGAUUAUGACCUUUCAAAGAUGAGGGACUUCAUCAACCAACAAGCGGAAGCCUACGUGGAGAAAGGCAUCCUUGAUAAAGAAGAAGCUGAUGCCAUCAAGCGUAUUUACAGCAGCCUGUAAAAGUGGCAAAAGAUCCAGGAGUCUUUCGACCGUUUCAGAAAACAUAAUAUAGCUGAAAACACUUCUAAUUCUGUGAUUAAAGUUAUUUUGACCCAAGGAUUAUUAGAAAGUGCUGGAUUUACAGUAGUUAACCUUUUAGAAGUGGUUAAAACAUAGCUUUCUUGCCAUAAAAACUAUCUGAAAAGUAAAGUAUGUAAGCUAAGAGUUGUAUAUAGAAUCCUUAUUUCCUUAUAGAUUUAUAGUCAGAGAUACGUUGCUUUGGAAAAGCCUAUAAUGGGCUGAACUUAAAACUGAAACUCCUGCUGUGUUACACUCACAAGCACCCCCUGAAGAAUUGCAGGGUUCUGUUUUCGAGGCAUGCUGGGUAACAAAGCACCUCAUAGAAUAUCUCUGUUACAAGAUGUUGUUUUCCCUACCAGUUCCAUUUGGGGAGUUAAAAUAAAUUCACCUUUCGUCAAAGCCUCUAGAGCUUAAAGGAUAGCUAUCUGCUUUGUUGACCGCUCCUGCCGGCUCUUUAUCAGGCCCAAUGGCACAAAAAGGAAGCUGAAAAAUGGGCAUAGGAUUUGCUGGAUUUAUUAACAAUUUUCCCUGACUCUUAACAUUUUCUAUUAGUGAGUUUUCAGACAUUGAGCUUGUUUAAGAGGGAUACCCAUGUACUCUCCCAGAAGCAAAAUGAGAUCAUAAACACUACAUAAAGCAGGGUAAAAUUAUAUGCCAGGUCUGUUAUCUACACUGAAUUUGAUCCAGACUGAGGUUGGGCAAAAGGGCCAGGCAGGAGGGUAGAAGUAGAGAAAAAAUCAUUCGCUUCUCUGUGAACCAAAGCUGGGAGUUGAGCGUCCCUGAAAGGAAAGGUAAAUGAACUUUGGGACCCUGCAACUCCUCUCCCUCAGCCAACCACAAACACAGCCCUGGGAACAACACAGCGGCCCAAGGUUCCCCUGAAAUGUUAAUGGGCAAUGUUCCCAGACCAAAGAAUGCUUUGAAAAUGUAUUAUUCAGUGUAAAUUAAUUACGCAAACAUUUUUCUAUAUAUUUCAGUUGGAAAUUUUAAAAAUUAUAAUGCUUUGUAUAUUAGACGUCACUACUUCCAGGGGCCUUCGGAUUCCUGUCUCGAAUGCCCCCACCUGGUACUCACUUCUUGAUGAGGGCUGGGGGACUUACAGAGAAGCUGUCAGAGGCUGUCUUCACGGGGAGGAGACCACUGCUGCUCCUCCCGGUCCCUCUGGAGUGGCAGACACAAAAACCAAAGCCUGACACACACAAACUAAGCUCACUUAGGAUGUUCUAGAGCAGCCAGUACUCACUGGUGAGCAGUGAGAGGGAACUAAAACACCUGUGCCCGAACUGCACCUGUCAGAGCGCCGUGAGUCAGACUGUUUAACGAGUUAUCUUUGCUAACGAGACCGACUCCACUUCACUCAUGUCCUGUUCUUCAAACAGGCUGCUUCUACAUCAGAGAGAAAAAACUGGGGAUGACUAAAGCAGUUUAUCCAUUCGCUUUUAAUUUAUCUAAAUAUCUAUAGUAUUUUUUAAAAUAAGAAAUUUACUUAGGGAGUUUAUUGUAGCUUUCUGAGCAUACUGACAUUCAUUGGCUCCUACUGAUACCCAGGACAAGAGGGAGGGAGAUCAUCUGUCCUGUUUUAUAAAUAAGGAAACUGGGUUUGCAAAAAGGACGGGGCACAGAACAUGCUCCAACUUGGGUGGCCAAGAAGUGGCAAAGCCGGGACUAGAACCCAGGGUUCUGGUCUCACAGCCCACGCCACCACAGUUAUUUUAGGCGCAAGUACUCUAGUCCAGGACAGUUCAACAGUGGCCACGACAAAUUCAAAGUCUUUCAUAACAAAGAAAGGGAGAGAUGUUUGGGCUAGAAAUUGCUGAGAGAGAUCUUAGGCACAAAUAAAA